AUGCGGGGCCGGGGGCUGCUCUGCGGCAUCGCCCUCUCGCUGCUGCUGCCGCCGCCGCCCCGGGUCGCCGCCGGCGCGGAGCUGCAGCCCGAGGCGGUGGUGCCGCGCUGGGCAGCCCGGGGGAGCCCCAGCAGCCAGAAGCAUCCAUUCAGAGCUGAAGUUAAGGUAAAGGCAGAAGGCCAGGAACUCAUCUUGGAAUUGGAGAAAAAUAGAAACCUCUUUGCACCAGGCUACACUGAGACUCAUUACAGCCAGACUGGACAACCCCAGACCAUCUCUCUGACCCACACGGACCACUGCUUUUACCACGGGGUCGUGCGGGGCUGGGAGCACUCCAGCGUCAUGCUCAGCACGUGCCGAGGGCUGCGAGGACUUAUCGUAUUGAGCAGCAAUUCCAGCUAUAUCUUAGAGCCGGUUCCCGACAGCCCAAACCAGCACUUGAUCUACAGGUUGGAUGACCUGAGGUUGCAGAGAGGAGCCUGUGGCUACCAGGGCUUGGGGGACGCAGCUGAAGACUGGCUCAGGGACUUCACAACCGGGAUGAAACCACCCCGCCAGAGGGUGAAACGGGAGACUCUGCAGGCUACGAAAUACGUGGAGCUUCUGCUUGUGGCUGAUUAUGCAGAGUUUCAGAAGCAUCACUUCAACAUUGAAGCAACAAGGCUUAAAUUAGUGGAGGCUGCUAAUUACGUAGAUAAGUUUUACAGAUCCCUGAAUAUCCGGAUUGCCUUGGUGGGGCUGGAGAUCUGGAGUAAUUGGAAUAAAUGCGAUGUAACUGAGAAUCCCUACUCCACCCUGAAGUCCUUUCUGGCCUGGAGUAGCAAGGAGCGGGUGCACAGAAAACACGAUAAUGCCCAACUAAUCACAGGUGUGCCCUUCCAAGGUACCACAGUAGGCUUGGCUCCUGUGAUGGCCAUGUGCUCUGAGUUCCAGUCAGGAGGAGUAAACAUGGAUCACUCUGAUAAUGCCAUUGGUGUUGCUGCUACCAUUGCCCAUGAGAUGGGGCACAAUUUUGGCAUGAAUCAUGAUUCAGCUGGCUGCUGUACUACCCCUGCAGAAGAUGGAGGCUGCAUCAUGGCUUCUGCAACUGGGCACCCAUUCCCCAAGGUGUUCAACCAGUGCAAUAGAAAAGAGCUGGAGAAGUACCUGCAGUCUGGUGGAGGGAUGUGUCUCUCCAAUAUGCCGGAUACCAAAAAAAUGUAUGGUGGGAAGAAAUGUGGAAAUGGCUACUUGGAAGAGGGGGAGGAGUGUGACUGUGGAGACGUGGAGGAAUGCAAUAACCUCUGCUGCGACGCCAGCACCUGCUCCCUGAAGCUGGGUGCCGAAUGUGCCCACGGCAGCUGCUGUCAUCAGUGCAAGCUGAUGUCUCCAGGAACUCUCUGCAGGGAAAGAUCAGGACUCUGUGACCUCCCAGAAUAUUGCACUGGCGAGUCACCGUUUUGCCCCCCCAACUCUUACCAAAUCGAUGGGGCUUCCUGUGAUGGAGGAAAGGCGUAUUGCUACAGUGGCAUGUGUCUCACUUAUAAAGACCAGUGCUUGCAGCUGUGGGGGCCUGGAGCAAGGCCAGCACCAGACGCCUGCUUUGAGAAGGUUAACGCGGCUGGAGACAUCUAUGGGAACUGUGGGAAGGACAGCUACGGCAACUACAGGAAGUGUGAGAUGAGAGAUGCUAAAUGUGGGAAGAUCCAGUGCCAGAGCUCUGCUUCCAAACCCCUGCAGUCCAAUGCGGUGGCCAUAGACACAACUAUCCGCAUGCAGAGGACACAGCUGAGGUGCCGAGGGACCCAUGUGUACAGAUCUGAGAGCGAAGAAAAGGAGAUGCUGGAUCCUGGCUUGGUGCUGACGGGAACAAAAUGUGGGAGCCAUCAUGUUUGCUUUGAGGGACGCUGCCAGAACACAUCCAUCAUCUUUGAGUCUGAAAGCUGUAGCAAGAAGUGCCAUGGGCAUGGAGUCUGCAAUAACAACAAGAACUGCCACUGCAACCAGGGGUGGGCCCCUCCGUUUUGCAACAAGCAGGGGAGGGGAGGAAGCUUGGACAGUGGUCCUCCCAUGCCCGAAGGUGAGUGGGACCAGCUCUACCAUGGCCCUUCAGCGGUCGUGAUAACUCUCGCAGUCCUGGCUCCCAUUCUCCUUCUCAUUGGAAUCAUGUUUUUACUCUAUUAUCUGAAAUGCUGGAAUAAGUUUGCUGUCUGUUCUCUAAAGAAGAACCUGCAGUUCAGCGACACGUCUGGAAACGGGCACGCAAACCCUGCCUUCAAAUUGAAAACCCCCCAGGAGCAGAGGAAGGUGAUUGGCUUCCCUGAAAUCCCAUCAAAACCUCCUCCCCAGCAAGCUCUAGGGCUCCGAAUAAACACUCAGCAGCCAUCCGCCUUCUCCACUGGCUACAGCUGCGGCGUGGGGCAGCCCGCCGGGCCAGCGCAGCCGGCACCUGCAAAGGACGUUGCCCGGCGGACACCCCCAAGCAGGCCAGCGCCUCCUGCUCCCAAACCCCCUGUCUCUCAGGAUAUUUCUAGGCCCCGGCCACCCCAAAGAGCUCUGCCAGCUAACCCUGUCCCAGCCAGACCCAGAGCCUGGCCGGGGAACAGCCCUGCCGUCUUGCUGCCUCCUGCACACACCAGAACCCCAGGACGACUCCAGCCUGCGGCGGAGAAUACUGGUGCUGGGACAGCUGGAGCAGCGAACGUCUUGAAAGUGGGACAGCUGGGCUCCCGUGGGCACUCAUGAAGCAGUCUGUGCCUGGCCUGCUCUGACCUUCACAGGGGACUGGAUGGCCUUCAUCAACCAAAAAAGCAUUCAGGGCCACAGACAGUGUCUCGGUUCCUCUCCUCUAGUGUCACCUGUUUCCUAUGUGACUCGACAAGCUGCAGUCAGGCUUGGCAGGAGUGCCCCCAGGAACUGUGCCGGUACAUGCCAAGCUGAACUCAACCCUCUUUGCUGAUAGCCUUUUCCGUAUAGGGAUGACUUGUUUAUACGGUAUUUAAAUAUUAUUGUGCAAUAUCCAGUGCUGGGAUGGGGUGAUUGGGGCUUCACGUGUUUUUAAUCAGUUAUUUAAGUGUUACAAGGGAGAACAAUCUGUGUAGGUGCUGGCCCUGAUGGGCUUUCAUGCAAGACCCAGCCCUGUUGGCUUCCUCAGCCCAUCCACGCAGCUGCAGGAGCGUACGUUGGUGCUAUACAGAAACCGCUGCCUCUUGGGAAAGCAGAAGGCAGCCGUUGAUGACUUUCUUCAGCUUAUUCUCAGUUUACAGUGGGUGGCAAGUGGGGCCACGACAGGGAGCAAACCAUGGAAAUAUUCCUGGUUAAAAUAAUUUGUGGGUCACCAUGGAUUUUGAUUAGCUUUAAUAGAGCAGAUUAAUUAUUUUCCCCAUAUAACCAUCUUUAGCAAGAGCAUUGCAACCUGUCUGUCCUCCAGCACUCGCUUGUCUUGCCUCAGUACUGUAAGACCCGACAGCAUCCCCAGCGUGGCCCGUGCGCUCUCAUCUGUGUCAUUGGGGCACAGUCAAGGUACGACAGGGAAACCCUCUGGCCAAGAUACAGAGCAAAUGGCCAGAAGGAAGCUCAGCAAAAGCCAAUGCUGAAACCUCCUCUCCAGCAUACGGUACCGUGGAUAAUCAGUAGACACUUUUGCAUGUGUCUCCUCAGGCUUCGGUCUGUGCUGAGCAGUAAUUCAGCAUGGGCUGUCUGCUCCCCAUACCAGUGAGAAACCUACCUUAAAAUUGCCCAGGUGGUAGAACAGCAGAAAUAUUAAUGCAACACAUGGUGCUUUUGUAGGGCAGCUCAUUUACUCCAGGUUUUUUCUCCAGGACAUGGAUGGAGAGAGCUGUCUGUGUGCACUUUAAGCAGCUGAUGGUUCUGACCCUGAGGACCUUCCCUUAUGAAUUUAGGGUUUUUUCUCCUAAUAGUUUGGGCUUUUGUACGUGUUUUCUCAGGAUUUUAAAUUAAGACCUUUUGUUACGCCAAAUUUUUUUCUUUUUUUUUUUCCUUGAAAUGACUUCCUAGGAGAACACAGGGAAUUCUGGAGCUAUGGUUACAACAGUUGUUGUGUCUGAUUUAUUACGGACAAAUCCUCAAACAGUGUGAUUGCUGCUGCACAUGUGAGAAACUGUAUUAUUGGCAUAAAGAAAAAAAGUUUUGCCUGAUGGUUCUCUUUCCCUAAGCUGUACUGAUUGAAAAAAACAGAUAAACCCUAAGCACUCAUUAAAUUUGUAGUUAUAUGUAGCAGUAUAUCUGUAGGAUGACUUAAACCACACUAGUUUUCGCAACUUUACUACCUCUUUCUCCACAAGGAAACAGUACACAGGGUGCGUCUUGAAUUUCUGGUUGAUUAUUCCUUAUCUUGAUCAUUUUGGGCCUUUUCUUAACUUCUAUAUGCCUGGAAAACAAACCAACCUAAAAUACUUCUCUCUGAAAUAAGGGGUGGCAAGUGAAAGACAUCAGCUUUCUAAUCUUUAUGUCUUUUUCUAUAGUUGGGGGUAUAUUACGUAUAAACAACCUAUAUUCAAACAACCCCCAAAUUUGUUGUUUCUUGGGGUGCAGUUAAUGUGGCUAUGUAAUGGCAUGUUUUACUGCUCACAGGUGGAGCAGUAAGCUGGGCACAUACUGUACAUACACUGUAGUAGUACAGCUUCAACCACAAGAUCUUGAUCUUAUAUCUGAGCCCUUGCUGAAGACAGCAGCAUACUUCUGCUGCCAUCCCUGAUCUUUAUCAAAUGGCCACCAAAAAUCACUAAGGAUAUUUUCACUGCAUUUCAUGUGAACAUGGGAUCAAGCUUUUAAAAAAUUCCCCUGGAAACACAAAGCUCAGAGAACUGGUCGUGCCCAAACCCAAAUGCAAAACUUCAUUGCUGGAAUAUCAUAAAGUCUCCAAAAGGUAGUUUUAAGUAAGUCCUUUUAAUUUUUUAUAUGCGUGCAAGUUGAGUGAAUAAGAAUAGGGGAACUGCAGGAGGGGUAAAAGAUGGUAAAACAUGAUUUUUUUGAAAGAUAAUGUUACUUGGGAGAACAUAUACCAAAAUACAUCUCGAUUUCUCCUGUUUCCACAUAUUAAUGGUUUACAAUAAUGCUCUCUGUGCAUCUAUGCAAAUACUUGAAGAAUGCAAUUCAUUGUGCCUUUUGCUUGGUUUUAAUAAAUGUCAGUUGUCAUU